AUGAGCAAAGGGGUCGUCCGGAUCCCGGGGGACGAGGCACACGUACUCGUCCCCAAUCCCUCGGCGCUCCCCACACCGCCAAGCCUCCUUCAGCCUAUGCGCCGCUUUCCCCCUUCUACCCUCGUCCCAUACUACACCACCGGCCAGCUCCCCCUCACGGCCCUCCCGCCCACCCCCAACCCCACCCUCGACAUCGUCUACACAUUCGUCAAUGCCUCCUCUCCCGUCCUACAGGAAGCAAAAACCGUCCGCGCCGAGCUAGAAGGGCUCCACCUCGAAGGCGCCGAGCGACACUGGCGUGAUAAUGGCGAGCUGCGAGGCGCAGUACGGUCCGCGGCGCAGUCCCUGGCCGAAGGGCUGAGGCGGGUGCAUGUCAUCUCGGCAGAUUUUGAGCUGGACUCGGCGGUCCCCGUCGUGGAGGUGGAUGAGGACGACGAGGAGGGGUGGAGAGUCGGGCAGGUGCCUUCGUGGUUGAACACAACGGCGCCAGACGUGGGGAUGCAGUGGCAUUUCCACUCUGAGAUCUUUAGGCUACCGUCAGAUGGGGAGGUGGACAGUCGGAUCCAGGGAGAAUGGAGAGACGAGCAAAAGUGGAGGGAGGAAGCGCUGCCCAGCUUCAACUCGUUCCAGAUUGAAAGCAAGGUGGCUUGGGUAGAUGAUCUUUCGGAGAACUUUAUCCUCUCCAACGACGAUAUGUUCUUCUUGCGCGACAUGGCCACAUCCGACUUCCACCACCCCCUCCUUGGCCCAGUGUUCCGCCUGGCCCCAGACCUCGGCCUUCGGGUCCCACCUACCCUCGCACCCGAACUCCGCUCCGACUCGGGCGAAUGGGGCGGACUCCAACAUGCCAAUCAACUCCUCUCGACCCGCUUCUACCCCAAACGGCGGAUGUACCUCGCGCAUGUCCCCAAAAGCAUGAGCCGGAGUCUGGCGCAAGAGGCGUCGGUGAUGUUCGCGCAAGACCUCAGCGUGGCUGCCACGCGAGGGUUCAGGGAGAGCAAGCGCGGGAAGGCGGAUGUGCACUUUCCGUGGUUGGUGACGCACCUCCAGAUCGAGCGAUGGCGCGAGGCAUUGCUCUGGACGUGGGCGGUAGCUCGGAUGGGCGGAGUGGACGGUGUGUGGGGUGUGCAAGCGAGGGAAGAGCUCUGGAGCGUGCUUGGGCUGAGUGAGGAGAGGGGCGUACCUGAAGUGGCUGUUAUCAUUCAGGAUGAGAGGGCCACUGUGGAGGAUAUGGACGAGGUGAUGGCUCGGAAUGAUUGGCAAUUCCCCGAAGCGUCCGAGUAUCUCUUCACGUCUCUCGAUGGCCACCUCCCCGAUAUGCCAUCCGUCGACUCCCCAGUCCAGACCUGCUUCUUCGACCUUGCCCAGUGCCUCCCCCCAAACUUCUUCACCGACCCCUUCCCGGUCUCCGCUGUCGACAUGUUCACCCAGCUCGCCUUCUCCCAGCCGGAAUGCGGCGACUGCCUCAUCAUGGCGCUCAUGAACGCCUCGGGCCCGCGCGGACUCUCGGCGUUCUUACCGGCCGAGAACCAGCCUUUCGAGCCUGAAGUCAGAGGAAGGAGGGAGUGGGAGAGGGAAGAACCGAUGCUCCCGCUCGUGCCGGACUGGAGGGAGGGGGACUUUUCGCUCAAGGGGGUCGUCCGGCCGGGACAGGAUCUUUGGUUGGGGACGGAAGCCGGAGGGAUGGUCGGGCGGAAGAGAAGCAGUAGUGUCGAUUUGAGGCAGUACUGCGUCAAGCUACUGUCACGAUAUACUUAUUCUCUCGCCUCUUCACCUACCCACUUUGCUCUAUCCCGAAGCCCGAUCGACCUCUACAACAUUCUCGAGGGGUGGGAUAGACCCAGUCCCUUGUCCAUGGUAUGUUUGAAUGACGACAAGCCCGACUGGAUGUCCGAAACAAGCUCAGCGGAUAUCCUUGGCAGCUGGAUGGGAAAGCGUUUCGGCACCUGGGCGGCUGGGUGGGAAAGGGAAGGUUGGGCGUGGUCCAUCGCCAUGCCGCCUGGGCAGGCGGCAGAGAAAGCGGAGGAGCAGGUAGCGGACACGCCUAACCCGCAUGCGAUGUUGGCGGAUCUGGCAAAGGGGUUGGCGACGGGAUCUGGAGAGUGA